AUGAUGAGAUGUGGUGUUAAAGAAAUUCCUGAAAGGUACAUUUUGAAGAGAUGGAGAAAGGAUGUGAUAUCAAGAAAUUAUCGUUUUAGUUCUGUUCAAUCCGAUUCAGGUGAUUGUGAGAAUGUAAAGCUAGUCAAUGAUUCAUAUUAUAGUUUUGAAUCAUGUUUGGAUAUUGUAAGAGAUGACAAAAAGAGAUUGGUUUUGUUUGCUGAGAAACAACAAAUGUUGUUGAAGGAAUUUGAGAGUGAUUAUAUUUCUCCUGGAUUGAAAAGCAAAACAGAUGGUGAAGUCGUAUGCAAGCUUUUGGGUGUUACUAUUCCUAUUCCAGAAGAGAUUAAUAUUCAUGUUCCUGAAGUUCAAAGCAAUAAAGGUUCUGGAAUCAAGAAAAGAAUUCCAAGUGCAGGUGAAGUAGCAUAUGAAAAUUCUAAAAAAGAACAUAGAAUGUGUUCAGGAUGUGGAAAGCGAGUUCCACAGAAUUUACCUACUUGUCCAGAAAGAGUUGGGGCUGCUAAAUCAGCAAAAGACAGUUAG